AAAUUGCUUUCGGAAUGACCUAAUAGUAAGCAUUUGGAGUUUCGCUUUUUUGGGCUCAUUUCAUUCGACACAUUUUCCAUCAUCUAACAAUCCAUUAGACAGAUUUUGGUCAGAUCAGUUACUAAUCCCUGAUUUGCUUUCUGUUAAGGGUGCAACACACUUUUACAUGUACAUUAAGUAUAUCGAUGAAUAUAGCCGUAUUUUACUGGAUGAUUAUGUUCGCACUGGCGAUGCAGAGGUCAUAAUUCUUCGUGAUCGUUUUGGAAGAAAGGAUGAUCGUUGGCAAUCCAUGGAGAUCCAGGAAUGUCUCAAUCGUGCGCGAGGACACUCUCAGUGGGUAGCAUUUGUUGAUUUGGAUGAGAGACUGACGCCAACAAACUAUUCCGGGACAUUACGGAGUUAUCUAGAGAACCUAACCGAUGAUAAAAUCGGAGCAGUCCAGUUUCGACAGCGCUGGAUAUUGAAAAAUGAAACUCUCCCUGAAAAAUAUACAAAUUCAACUCAGGUAUUCUCACUCAUUCUUAAUAUAGCUAGUUGGAUGCCGACGCGACGGUACCACAAUACAUCUCAUGUUGGCCCUGUAGGUCACACUGCGAAAUGUAUUAUCGAUCCCAAAAAGGUUCUAAUUAUGCAUGUGCAUUAUGCUGAUGCAUUUUUCGAAGGUUACUCAAUGUAUGCAAUGAGACCCGAAGAGGGAGUCUUCAGGCAUUAUCGAGACAUUAAUUCUGGUCAAUGGGGCAAGAUAUGGCUUGGAGAAGUUGAAGAAAUGGGCAAAUUUUCAAUGACAGAUUAUCCUGCGAAAUGGGCCAAUGAACUAUUAUCGAAUGUGCAAACACGGGUUCGUUACUCAAACAUGAUUAGA